AUGACAACAUUAUCUGCCAAUGAAUCGGUAGCUUUUUUGCCUUUUGAAUUUGCAAACUUAACAAAAUUGACCCAAAAGUCUAAAUUGCAAUUCUUCACUUUUGCUUAUACUUGUUUGCUUAUCACGAGAACGACGGAGCCUUCUGCCAACGACGCCUCCGCCUCUGGCCAUCGAUGUCUCCACCUUUGGCUGACGACGUCUCCAUCGCCGGUCUCCGGUCGACGACACAUACGAAGUCUCCUAAUCCGGACUACAACUGCUUCCGCCUCCUCCUUCUUUCACAUUGUUUUGGCCUCCGCCUUCGGCCAACGACGCCUCCACCGCUGGUCUCCGGUCGAAAACACAUACGAAGUCUCCUACUCCGGCCUACAGCUGCUUCCGCCUCCUCCUUCUUUCACAUUGUUUACAGGUAUGAGGUUAUACAUCAGAAAUUUACCAUUACAUAUAGAUGAGGUACUAGUGCAAACAACCAAGAGUAGGAGGAUCUAUAUGGUAGAAAGAAAAACCAGAAAAAGAAGUGUUGGUAAACCCAGAACGAAACAUCUUGAAGCAAGGCAUACAAUGGAUCGUCCAGAAAAUUGGAAUGGUGAUCCAUGUGUUCCACAGCAUCCAUGGAGUGGAAUUGGCUGAUUAAUAAGGAUAGAAUGCAAAGCCAGAAUGGGCUGGAAGGAAUGGGGAUGUGAGACAUCAAGUGCGGUUGUAUAUUGAUGUAUUAGAUGUGUAUAUAAGGUGUAUUAGAUAAUACUUGAGACAUCAAGUACGGUUGUUUAUUGGUGUAUUAGAUGUGUACAUAUGGCGUAUUAGAUGAUACUUGAGACAUCAAGUACGGUUGUUUAUUGGUGUAUUAGAUGUGUAUAUAUGGCGUACUAGAUGAUUGUAUGAGAUGGUAUAUGAUACAUAUAAUACGGUUAAAUAGCUGUACUUUAUUAUGCAUGUAAUCUAAUACACCCCUCUACUAAUACGCCUGCUAUGUAAGUACUAUAUUCAUAAUUUCAACCGUACUCUAUUAACCUUUUUCUA